AUGUUAGUUUUAGCACUUAUAUUUUUAGUUGUGUGGGUCAUUACGAGUAAUAAGUAUGGAGUAGAUGAGAAAGGAUAUUUAUUUACAUUUGGUGUGUUUGCUCUCAUUAGUUUUCACCUUCCAAAUUUUCUACAAACUUUAUUCAUUGUGUUAAAUUGGCCAAUUAAUUUUUAUUUCAUAAAAUUGUGGGUAUUCAUACUGAUUCUAUCUUUAACAAGGACUAUAUCUUACUUUGAUGUAAAGGAGGUACCUACGGAUAUUUUAGUCACUUUAACGGCAGCAACUCAAUGGGCAAUACAUGAAUUAAUAGCACGAAGUAGUACACAAAUAAAUGAACAAGAUGAAUAA